AUGACUGAGAAUCAAGACUUUGAGAAUGAUUUUGAUCAAGAUGAGGAUAAUUUAAUGGUUACCCAGAGUAAGAAAACCAUUGACCCUACACCUAAAUCAAAACAGCAAGAGGAUACGCCUCCAAAAACGGAGGAGAAAAAACAAAGUUCAACUCUCCCGCCACUUAAACCAAAACCAAAGUCUGAAUUAAAUUUCAAUGAUCCUAAAACAAAGGAAGCAAUGGAAAAUCUCGGUUAUGUUGAAUCAGAUCUGCAAUAUCCAACUCAAAACGAUUUAAACGCCUAUACAAGAGAUCCACAGUUCCGUCACACAGUUGAAAGGAAACUUGUGGCUGAAAUCGAUAAUCGCAUUGCUCAAGUUAAAGAAGAAAUAUCUCGAAUUGAAGAAAAGAAACAAACGAAAACUCCAAAGCUCAAAGUUCGCGAUAACAGACCACAACUUACAUAUACAGCUAUAGAAAAUGCUCGUAUGCAGAAAGCAGAAGAGCAAAAUAAGCGAGAAGUCGAGCAAUUAAUAUUAAAUGCGUUAAUUUCGAAAUACCAUGCUCAAGAUGCCCGCAAACGCCAAGAACAGGAAGAGCAGAAGCAGCGUGACUUACAAGAAUCCCUUCGCCGCAAGCAAAUCAAAGAGCGCGAAGACCAACUCAAAAGAAUCAAAGAAGCAGAAAAACAACUCGAAGAACAAAGAAAAGCAGAUCACCAGAGAAGACUCCAAGAAGAGGAAGAGCAGAAGAAAGCUCGUGAAGCAGCCAAACAAGCUGAAAUUGAUCGCAGAAAGAAACAACUCGAGGAAGAAGAAGCUGCAAGAAAGAGACAAGAAGAAAUUCGUGCACAGAUCAAGAAACAAGAAGAAAUGAAGAUCCAGCAAGCGAAAGAAAUCCAAGAGCGUCUUGACAAGCAAGAACAACGUCGUCUCCAGAAGUUGCAGGAAGAACAAGAGGAACGCGCAAAGAAGAGAGAAGAAAUGAACGAAAAACGUCAAAGCGCUUUACAAAAAGUGAAGAAGAAUCACAGGCAGCAAUUACAACAACUAAGAAAGAGUGCGUUAGCCAAAGAGAAGAAGAUCGAAGAGAAUUUGAAACAAGCAGCGACACAGCGCCAGAAAGACUUGGAAGAACAGAAAGCAAAGAAGGAAGAAAAGAUGAAGAGACAACAACAAUGGGCAAAAGAAAAAGAACUCGAAAGAGAGCAGAUAAACAAGGAAUUAAUGGAAAAGGAUAAACAAGCACAACAAAGGAUUGCAGAGCUCGAGAAACAAAAGGAAGAGCAACAGAAGAGAGCAAGAGAAGGUCAAGAUGAAACAACAAAGAGAAUCAAAGACAAGAUGAACGAAAUCAACGAAAAACAACAGAAGAGAGCACAAGAUGUUUUGGACAAGAUGAAACAGAAAGAAGCAGAAGCACAAGCAGCAGCUGAAAGAGUCGAAAAGGAGAGACAAGAAAAGGCAUUGCAAGAAAAGAUUGACAUGGAGAACAAGAGAUUCUUAGCUCUCAGGGCAGAAAGAAGAAGAUUGGCUGAGAAACAGAAGAGAGAAAGAAUUGUUCAAGAACAGAUCAAGAAACAAGAAGAAUUCGAAAGAAGAAGACAAGAAACAGCCGCUAAACUCAGGAAGCAGAAAACAGAUAUGCAAUUGCAGAAAGAAACUCUUCAAAAGCAAUUCGCACAGAUCAUUCAUGAUACUGAUGGUUCUGAUGAUUCUGCUCUUCGAAAUCUCGCCCAGAAAUUCAAUAUCGAUUUCGAUGAAUUGGAUAAUCGCGCGAAGAAUCCAAAGAUGUAUCGUCAAACAGUUGCAGAAAUCAUCCAGGAAGCAACUGGUGGAUCAAACACACAGAGAUCUACAUCAAGAAACAACACUGCUUCUUCUUUGUCAGGAAAAAUUAAGUCAAAAGCUGAAAAAGUUCCACAAGAAGAAGAGAAAAACGAUGACGAUACAUCAGAAUUCGAUACAUUCGAUAACGAAGAGAACAAAGAAAGUAACGAAGAAGCAAACAAAGAAGAAGAACAAACAGAAAAUAAAGACGAAGAAAAUAAAGAAGAACCAAAAGGAUUAUCAGGAAUGAUAUCUAAUACUGUUAAUGAAGCUGCUGAUAAGAUGGAUGGUGAUGAAUCCAAUGAUAAACCACAGGAAAAUGAUGAAGAUUUCGAAGAUGAAAAUAACAAAAAAGAAACUGAUUUAAUGGAUUCAAUCAAAGACAAAUUGAAACCAAAGGAAGAAGAAAACAAUAAUGAAGAAACAGAACUAAUGAAUCCUAUAAAGGACAAACUGAAUCCAACUGAAAAUAAUGAUGAAAAAGAAAAUCCAGAAGAUAUUAAUAAUCCACCACCGGAUGAUGAGGAUUUCAGCGCUCCUGAGGAUGAUGAGAAUCCUGAAGCUUUUAAUGCUCCGGAAAAUGAUGAUGAACCAGAGGAUUUUGAAAAAGAAUUUGAAGACGAUUUUAAUUAG